ACGAUCUCCGGGAGAAAGACCGUGUACGCGACCGCGGAAAGUACUGUAAUAAUUUUGAAAAGUGUUCAUUCUUUGCUGCUGUUACUGGCGCCGCCUGCCUCACACGAGGAUUAACAGUGGUCUAACUAGCGAAAGUCGUUUCCGUGUUUUCUGGAUAAUUACCGGAGGUGAAACAUCGAAACCCUUCGAAUCUAAAAAGAUCGCUCGACAUUCCGAUAGUUCACUAGCGCCGUCGGAGCCGAAGAAGCAUGGCAUGGCGAUUUAAGGCAUCCAAGUACAAGAACGCAGCUCCGAUCGUACCGAAGCCGGAAGUAUGCAUUCGAGACAUCUGCGUGGGUUCGUACCAAACGUACGGUAAUAACAUCGCUGCAUCGGCCGCAUUCAUUGCCUUCAACUGGGAACAUGUUGGCUCCAGUGUGGCCGUCCUGCCGAUCGAUGAUUGUGGACGGAAGAGCAAAACCAUGCCGCUGCUGCAUGCGCAUUCCGAUACGGUGACCUAUUUGGAUUUUUCUCCCUUCCACGAUGGGUUGCUGGCGACCGGGUCGCAGGACUGCCUGGUGAAGGUGUGGCACAUCCCGGAGAAGGGGCUGGAGAAUUCGAUUUCGAACCCGGAAUGUACCUUCGCCACCAAACAGCGAAGGGUGGAAACGGUGGGUUUUCAUCCCACCGCUGACUGUCUGCUGUAUUCGACGGCGGUUGGAUGUGUUAGCUUGUGGGAUUUGACCUGCCAGCAGGAGUCGUUUUCGAACAAUCAACAUCCGGAGGUUAUUCAGUCGCUUAGUUGGAAACAGGAUGGAAAGAUCUGUGCAACUAGCUGCAAGGACAAAAUGGUUCGCGUGCUGGAUCCGCGAGCGGAGUCGCCAAUUACGAUGGUCGCUGAAAGUCACCAAAGUAUUAAAGAUUCUCGAGUUGUCUGGCUCGGAAAUCAGGAACGCAUUCUAACUACUGGCUUUGAUGCUGGCCGGUUGAGACAGGUUAUCAUUCGGGAUUUGAGGAACUUCACCGUUCCGGAGAAAACUAUGGAGUUGGACUGCUCGACCGGUAUACUGAUGCCACUUUAUGAUCCCGAUACGAACAUGUUAUUCCUGGCGGGUAAAGGAGAUACUACGAUUUCCUAUCUGGAAGUUACGGACAAGGAUCCUUACUUGAUCGAGGGAAUUCGUCACUCCGGCGAGCAGACGAAGGGUGCUUGUCUCGUACCGAAGCGAGCGUUGCGGGUGAUGGAGGGCGAAGUUAACCGUAUUAUGCAGUUAACCUCCAACUCGGUGAUCCCUAUUAUGUAUCAGGUGCCAAGAAAGUCCUACCGCGAUUUUCACGGUGACCUUUACCCGGACACGAAUGGAUACAAAACUGAACUAACGGCUACACAGUGGCUCAAGGGGACAAAUUUGGACGUUCCAAAAAUCAGCCUGGAUCCAGCGAAGCGAGAACUAGGCGAUCAACCAAUCAUUCCCCGACUUGGACCAAAACCGUUCUGCAGUACAGGUUCAUCCGGUGAUUUUUCCUUCGAUAAAGUGUUCAAUGUACCGCAAGCACCGGGUUCUGAGAACGGAGAGUCGUUGAGAGACUCCAACGAUAAUACACAGGAAAACAGUCUUGCCUCGAACGGAAGUGCGGAGGAAACACACGAGAACGGUAACUGUAAAGAACCGGAUCCGGUAUUAGAUGUUACCGACGAAGUGCCACUGCGAAUAAAAGCUUCCAACGAGGAAGAAAAACCGCGCAUCAUUUCCACUGCCGAACGAAGAAAGUCGGGCGACCGCGAAAAGAUUUUCGAAUCGAAAGCAUCCACAGAAUCGGAGGACCAAUUCGACGCUUCUUCCGAUGAUAAAGUAAACCAAUUCGAACGACUCAGCGGUCAGCGUACCAGCAUCGCUGAACGGCGCCGAUUGUACGAAAAUCGGUCACAAAGCGUUCAGGAAGAGAAACCGGCUUCACCUGUUCCACUAAGACGUCGCGAUUCCCUAAAAUCUCGUGGAGAACCGAAAACCGACGAAGAAGCAAUGCCACCGCCGGCUGCGGUGAUCGAGUUCACCCGCAAUCGAAGCGAUCUGUCGAAGGAGAGCCUUCCGGCGGAAAUCGCCAAGCGAAACAAUAGCAACAGCUCGGGCAAUUCGACCUCCAAACGGACAUCCACGGUGUUCGGUCGGGUGUCUAAGUUCCGCCAUCUGAAAGGCACCCCGGGACAUAAGUCGACACAUAUCGAAAACAUUCGCAACCUGAGCCGUCAGAUUCCGGGCGAGUGCGACGGUUUUCAGGCCAAUUCCGAGCGUGUUGCUGUGCCGAUCUCCGGUGCUGGUGGAAAAAUUGCAAUAUUCGAACUGAGCAAGCCGGGAAGGCUUCCGGAUGGUGUAAUUCCUUCGCUGGUAAAUGGCAAUAACAUAAUGGACUUCCAGUGGGAUCCAUUCGAUAACAGACGUUUAGCCGUUGCUUGCGAUGAUGGUGUUGUUAAGAUAUGGGCUAUUCCCGAUGGCGGGUUAACGGAACCAACCAACGAACCGGAAAAGGAACUGGUCGCUCAUUCGGACAAAAUUUACAUUAUUAGAUACCACCCAUUGGCGAAAAAUGUCUUCCUUACGGCCAGUUACGAUAUGACGUUGAAAAUUUGGGACCUAGAAACGUUAGCGGAGAAGUACUGCUUGAAGGGUCACACCGAUCAAAUAUUCAGUUUCGCGUGGAGCCCUUGCGGGACGUUUGGUGCAACCGUGUCGAAGGAUGGUAAAAUUCGAGUGUAUAAUCCAAGGAAAUCAGAAAAUCCUAUCCGAGAAGGAACCGGACCAGUUGGAACACGUGGUGCGCGACUGGUGUGGGCAAUUGAAGGAGAGUACAUUGUUGUUACCGGAUUUGAUAAAGUUUCCGAGCGCCAAAUUUACGUGUACAAAUCUACGGAUUUCAAUGCCCCCCUUGGGAUGGUGGGACUCGACGUUUCGCCGGCCAUUCUAAUGCCAUUCUACGAUGAAGAUAGUUCGACCGUUUUUGCCACCGGCAGAGGCGAUUCUACCAUCUACUGUUUUGAAAUUACGGAGGAAUCGCCAUUCAUCUGUCCACUAUCGCACCAUCGGUGUUCCUCGCUGACCCAAGGGCUUAGUUUUCUUCCCAAGAACCAGUGCGAUGUCGCAUCGGUUGAGUUUGCCAAAGCGCAAAGGCUUACGAACGGUACAAUCGAACCGUUGAGCUUCACUGUGCCACGCAUCAAGAGUGAGCUGUUCCAAGAUGAUCUGUUUCCACCGACCAGGGUUCUGUGGGAACCGACGCUCAGUUCGACCGAGUGGUUCGCCGGACGGGAUAAACCUGCUCCUCGUGUCAGCCUACAGCCAGAGGGAAUGGACUCUCUUUCAUCCAUCCAACCAACGGUGACAACUCCGACACCGGCAAAGAAGAGCGAUAACAUCAACCAAAUCAUCGGUCAACAAACUCAGCUGAAUAAGGCUUGGAGUGCGGAUCUGGUGCGAUCCAAACAAGAUGAGAUUAAAAACUCAGUCAGUGCUCGGAUGCCAAUCAACCGCAAGCUUGAACAAGAUGACAUGGAAGGAGUGGAUGAGAAAGAAUGGGAAGAAUAAUUUGCUGCAAAUCGGUUCCACACCAAGACUGGUCCCGCGUUUGGGUACAUAAUACGGCAUUGUCCACACGACAAGCAAAGGACAAUUAUCGUAACUUUUUGAAUACUCUCUUUCUCUCUGUUUUCAAUAAGGCCAUUUUGACGAACGGCGAUAGAAAGAAUUUUGUAAGCUGCACUAUAUACGACAGAUAGCGUAAUUAGAUUACUUCUACGGAAUUUUGUAUGCAUAUAUUCUACGAUCCUUGCGCAAGCAGCGGCAGGCUUACUAAAUAUACAAACAGUGAAAUGUUAUAUCUGGAAAAUCUUAACUAGUAUCUAACUAAUCCAACUGCCAACGACGAUGAGUAUAAAGACCAACUGCUCUUACAUACAUCAAGAAAGAGAAGAUACUUUUCUUUUUUAAAAAAUUGUUAUUUAUUUAAAAACUAACUUGAAAAAUUUGCUUUCUUUUUUUAAUUUUCCAUCACAUUUUGACCACUUUCUAUAACCAGUUUACGGAUCGAUGAAGCUUUUUUCUCAAUCAAAAUAAUACAUUGUGAGUUGUCUUUGCUUUAAGAAUGUAGAGCCCGUUCAUCGAGGUGGACGCUAGUCAAACAGAGCUGCUCAAAUCAAUCGUAUUUUCUAAUAACUGAUAACCAAUAAUAAUACUAUUUGCUUGGCGCGACUUUUGCUAUAUUUAUAAACGUGCAGAUUUGCAGGACGACGAUGUUGGUAAAUCGGAAGAAAACGCAUAUUUCCCACUGGUGCAAACUAUUACCGGAACAGCACAAAUUUUCUUACAAUAUAAGGCAUAGCAACAUCAAAUUAUGAAGAAAGUAAAAUUGUAGGCAAAAAUAGUUAAGUUGUAGUAUAGGUGUAUCAUUCGAAUUCGUGAAAAUAUAAUUAACAAUUGUGUGCUGAAUAUUUAUUUAUUUUCAACACUUCGUGAAGUAAUUGUGAUGAUUUCUUAUACUAUAAGAUUGAAGUUGAUCAUUAUUUUACAUUACAACGUGUAAUAAUUUAGGCGUGCCAUUUGUAGAUUCAUUUGUGACUUGUCCAUAAGCUAUGUAUUUUUUACCGAGAGCAGUUCGAUUUCAAUCAUUAUGAUUUCAGUAUGAAUAAUAAGCCUUUGUUCUAAAGUUUCACGUAUUCCAGCUAAAUCAGCAUUAUUGGCAUUAAAAUUAGGCUAUACUAUUAAUCGCAAUACAAAUAAAUAAAUAUAGAUAUUUACAAUGCUUAUCCAAAAAUAAUUGAAUUCUGACCAGCUCAGAACACACAUUGCUUUAUUCAGAACAUUUAUUCCAGACUUGCCGGAAAAAUUAUUAGUAAAAAAAAUCAUUCUGCGGUAAUAUUAGGUGAAAUUAUACUAACUAACAAGCCACGGUAAAUGUUUUUACUGAGCAGACUCAGCAGUAUCCAUCUACCAUUGGUUGCAAUUUAGAUUGAAAUACAUGAAUUAUGCUUCAUCUUCUUCCAUAUGUAACAUCCCGGACGGUGACAGCACUGCGAAGGUAGAGAUAAUUAAACCAUUGUGCUCCGUAUCGUAAUGUGCAAGGCUUCGCAAUGUUUUAUACAGAUAUUGAAUGAUACGAAACGAUGAUUAUAUAUGCAGUAAGUAUCAUGUAUUUUGAAUAAUCGCACGAGAUUGUGAAAAUGAGGAAAAUAUACA